AUGCCAGUUGUAUUCGUAUUAGGUUGUACAGGUUUAAUUGGGAAUGAAGUUGCACUUCAGUUUAUAAGAAAAGGUUAUGAAGUAUAUGGACUUGCAAGAACUGAAGAGAAAGCUAACCAAUUAAAAAGAGUUGAAAUUAAACCAGUUAUUGCCUCUGGAAAAGAUGUUGAAAUUUGGUCAGCAAUCGCCACCAAGGCUGAUAUUAUUGUCGAGGCAAUUGCUGAUUAUUCCGACUAUGAAGUAGAGCAUGUAGUCUAUCAAGAGAUCCACCGUAUUGCAAAGAGCAAUCCAAAUAUCACUAUCAUCUAUACCAAUGGUAUCUGGCAGUAUGGCAGCAGCAACGAUUUAAUCACCGAACACUCUACUCUUUCCAAUGCACCGGCACUUGUCAAGAAUCGUAUCGCUCUCGGAUCCAAGUAUAUCGCACUGGGUGCCAUUCUCAUUCUGCCUUCCUUGGUCUACGGUGGAAGUGGAGCACACUCUGCACAUUACUUCCGUUCCAUCGAGAAGGGUGAGAUCACCUUGUUCUCUGAAGAUCAAUACCAAACCUAUAUUCAUUAUAUCGACAUUGCAUCGAUGUACGUUGCAGCGGCUGAGCGUGCCCAUUUGCUUCGUGGAGAAUCAUUCAUUGCCGCAGAUCAUGUUCACAAGGUUUCUGAUGUCGUCAAAGGUAUCGCUGCUGCUCUCGGUAAGGAGAUUAAGAUCACCUACAAAGGUGCACCAACAGAUGACUAUCAAGCCUGUUUAGCACUCAAUCAACGUGCAUCCAACUCCAAAGCUAAAAUCAAACUUGAUUGGAAACCAACACAAAGAUCUUUGAUUGAUGAUGCUCAGAAUUAUUGUAUAAAAAUUCCCAAAUUGAAAAUUACUCUGGGAUUUGAUCAAUGGCCAAUUGAGAAUGCAUUUUCAGUAAAAAAUAUUAUGAGUUUUAUAUUUGUGUUCUGUGCUGAGUUUGUUUUUGCUUAG